UGGAGAAACCGCAUUGAAGACACUUUCCAGCCUACGCCAAGAAUGUCUUCCUACCUCGUGACAUUCUUGGUUAGCGAGUCCUUCCAAGUCAUCGCCCAAGAUGACUCCUUCAGCCCACCGGUCAGGAUCAUUGGCAGGUCUAACACCGUUGGUCUUGGAGACCAUGCUCUUCGGCUGGCAUCCAGGAUGACUGAGUACUUCGACCAGUACUUUGGUAUACCGUACUCUACGCUUCAUCCCAAUUUGAUGAAUGACCAUAUUUCUUCUCCUGACUGGGCCUCAGCAGGCACUGAGAAUUGGGGUAUGGUGAGUUACAGAGAGAUGUACAUGAUAAUUGACUCUAAUGAAACCACAAUGGCUGUGGAGCAUUACGCAGCGACGCUCAUCUCUCAUGAGCUUGCUCACAAAUGGUUCGGUAACUUGGUUACUUGCUUUUGGUGGAGCAACACCUGGAUCAACGAAGGUUUCGCCAGCUACUUCGGUUACUACCCGACUGCACAAAUGUUCCCAGAAUACGAUCAUCACGAGCAUUUCAACAACCGCUACAUGACUGGUUCUAUGUCAUUCGACUCUGGUGUCAGUACUGUUCCCAUGAACCAUGAAGUCAACACUCCAGCCCAAGUUACUGGUCAUUUUGGUACUAUAAGUUAUUCCAAAGGAGCUGCUUUUCUCAGACAGACCGCUAAUAUUAUAACUGAUGCCACCUUCCAAAAGGCUUGUAGAUAUUUCUUGUUGAACAACGCCUUCGAACCCGCUGACCAAUACGACUUGUACAACGCAUUCGAACAAGCCAUAAAUGAAGACAACAGUCUGUCCCAGUACAGCAACUUCAACUUUACUGAUUACUAUCGCAUUUGGGUCAAUGACCCUGGCUACCCAGUUUUGAACGUGGCCGUCAAUCACUCCACUGGUGAAAUGACGCUUGUUCAGGAGCGUUUCUUCUUGAGUGCAUCAGCGAGGCCUACCGGCCACAUAUACCCGAUACCCAUUACAUAUUCCACUAGGAGCAACAGAAUAUUCCAAAAUGUGCGACCUAUCCACAUGAUGACUGGAUCCCGGGACACUCUCUGGAAAGACCCCCGUGAAGAAUGGGUUAUAUUCAACAAUAUGCAACAUGGUCACUACAGAGUUAACUAUGACGAAAAAACAUGGAGAUUAAUUUCGGACUCUUUGCUCAACGAACCAGGAACAAUACAUCAUCUGAACAGAGCUCAGAUCGUCGACGACGUGUUUGCUUUGAUGAGGUCUGGACGAAUGACUUACGAAUUAGGCUUCCACAUCUUUAGAUUUUUGCGCAACGAAGUUAACUUUCACGUGUGGGACGUCGCCAUUACUGGCUACACCUGGCUAAGGAACAGGUUGAGGCAUUUACCAAGAAACCAGGCUGAGUUUGACUCUUAUAUUAUUAGCUACAUGGAGAACGUCAUUAACUCCGUGGGUUACAACUCCGACCCUUCAGAAUCUCCUACCAUCAGCAUGAACAGAGAAACUGUCUUGCAUUUCGCUUGCAAUCUUGGCCAUAGAAGAUGUAUUCAGGAGUCUAACGCUGGCUGGCAAAGAAUGAAGAAGGGUGAAUGGAUAACCCCGUACAUCCGUCGUAGCGUCUACCUCACGGGAAUGAGGGAGGGAGACAGCUCCGAUUUCCAAUUCCUUCUGAGGCGCUACAGAGAGUCCAACUUCGCUAAUGAUAAGCUCGAGAUGCUGAGAGGUCUUGGCGGUACACGAGAUCCCCAACUAUUACAACAAUACCUGGCAUUGACGCUGACUUCUGAAGUAAGGUCUCACGACAAAGCGAACUCCUUCAACUACGCGUUGCUAGGUAACCAGGAAAAUGCCUACACAGUGCUGCAGUUCGUGAAGAGUAAUAUAAAUGCUAUUAGAGUAGCUUAUGUAGAAGAUGCACCACCGACGCCAGUAAACACAGCUCUUUCAAACCUUGCUUCUUACUUGGACGAACCAGGUUUAGCUGAGUAUGAGGAAUGGCUCCGCACAACUCAGUCGAACAGUCUCCAAUAUAACACAGUGAUAUCAGCUAUCAAUUCUGCCCGCAACAAUAUGGAAUGGGGCACGAACAUGGCCGAAACUAUUUUAGCUGCUGCGAGGGGCAGUGCUGCUGGUGUAGCUGUUUCAGCUAUGCUUUUAGCUAUAAUGGCUAUCUUUGCUAUGGUCAUGUAAUCAGUAAUGAUUCCAGAUUAAUUAAAAGCAAUAUGUCUACUUCUGCACUUUUUAUGCUAUGAGGAUUUUAGGUCAUAGCUCUCGAACAAACCAGAGUAUAAGUAUAAUUUAUGUAAUUUUGUUUUGUACAAAUAUAUUACUAUUGUAAUUAGAUUUUAAGAUUUUUAAAGUCAUUCUCGCAUUCAGGGACACAAUUUGCAAUGUUAGUGCGUUAUAUCAUUUGAGAACUUGAUGUUAUGGAUGAAAAUAUACAUUUGAUAUUAUUAAA